AACCGGUUCCUUUGGGCUGCUGCCAUUGGUCGGCGUUUCGUUGUCGUCAUCCCUGGUGGGCGGGACGACAAAUUUUGAUGACGUCACACAGGUUGCCAAUCUUCUGGAAAGGAACCGGUUCCCUGCUAGGAGAGGAACCGCGGAGAAGUGGUUCUCUCGAGGGUCGCGCGCGGGGGCGAGCAUGAUGUCGAGGGUUGCUAGGGCAACCGUGGCUGCCGGCUAACCUCGCGCCAGCUGACGAGCCGGCACCUAGACGAGACGAGACAGAGACGGCAAUGGCGGCUCCUUUGGUUGUGUUGCUGGCGAGUGCCGAAAGACAACGACGCGACGAGAGGCAACGACGCGACGCGUUCGGCAUGGCCGAAGAAGAGUUUCGGAGGCAUUUUAGGCUCUCCAAAGACAUAGUGUGACGUCUUUGCGAUGAGCUGGAAGGACAUCUCGGACCUCAAAGAUUUCGUGGUGUCGACGCUACGAUGAAAGUGCUGUGUGCGCUGCGGUUUUUUGCCACCGGGAGCUUUCAACGUGCGUCGGGAAUGAAGAAGCGAUUGCACUGUCGCAGCCUUCGGUCAGCCGGAUCAUUACAGCCGUCGCCAAGGCCAUUACGGUUGUGGGCAAAGAAAAAGGGUGGGUUAGAUUCCCAUCCACGGCGCAGAAAGCCGCCGUCAAGGAAGGCUUUCUUAGCCGUGGAAAAAUUCCAGGAUUUCUAGGAUGUGUGGACGGGAGUCUGAUAGCCAUCGUUCGCCCUAAGAAGCUCGGCCCCGGCGAAACGGAAUCGUACUGGAGCCGUAAAGGGUAUUACGCCCUCAACUGCAUGGUCGUGUGCGACGCGAAGCUGUAUAUCCUGGCAAUUGACCCACGGUUUCCGGGAUCGUGCCAUGAUUCUUUCGUCUGGAGGUAUUCUGCAUUUCGCCGCCGCCUCACUCGUGGCCUGUUACUUCAUGGAGAAGUCUUGCUUGGGGACUCUGGGUACCCGCUAGAGCCAUGGAUCAUGACUCCUGUGCCUGGUCACCCAAAUCGCCUCACAGCAGAGGGGCGCUAUAAUGAGGCACACGCAUCAAUGCGAAAUGCCGUUGAGCGGUGCAUAGGAGUCGUCAAGAGCCGCUUCCGAUGCCUGCAGAGGUAUCGGGUGCUCCACUACUCGCCUCAGAAAGCAGCCACUAUUGUUGCAGCUUGUGCAGCGCUGCAUAACCUCUGCCUUGCAGCAGGCGUGCCUCUGCCAGACGACCCAGAUGACGACGGUGCACAUGACGACAGCGCACAGGGGCCAGCCCAGGCACAAGUGCCACUUCAAGUACAGGUGCCACCGCAAGCGCACCCUGUACAGCCUUCUCGAGCUUUGUUUCAAAGAGGCCGUGCGGUGUGCGCCGGCGCACUCGCUGGCAAAUGAGGCGGAGACAUGUGCUGGUGUAACAUGUUUUAUUUUUCUUUUCAUGAAGUAAAUAGGCCGUGCACUUCAACAUAACACAUUGCAUGUGCUCACAUGUGGCUAAUCGUAGUAUGCUGCAUACUGCGGUAGUGAAAAGCACAUGAUUUGUCUAUGUUGAGCAUGACAGAUACACAUGCAGUGACAAAUAACCAUGUGCCAUUAUGUUACUCCUUUGCUCUGUUCACUGUGCUUCUGAAUAUUGUCUCGCCAGGGAACUUUCUUUAAAUAAAGGUUAUUUCCAAGGUGAAUGGCAACCAA